AUGUUUCCAAGUGACACGAUAUUGGGGAUUUUCCUCACAUCUGAGUUCUGUAUCGCUGUCAUAGGGAACUCAUUUCUCUUCCUGUCAUAUGUGUACAUUUUCUUAGAUCAACGUUACCUGAAGAAACCCAUAGAUUCCAUUUUCAUGCACCUGACAAUGGCUAAUAUUUUGACAACUGUCUUCUUGUUGAUACCUGAUAUUGCAUCAUCCUUUGGAGUGAGACAUUUUCUCAACGAUGCUGGUUGUAAGGCAAUCUUGUAUAUCUACAGAGUUACCCGGGGUCUUUCCAUCUGUACUACCACUUUCUUGAGUAUAUUUCAAGCCAUCACCAUCAGUCCCAGUAACUCUAAGUGGGCAUGGGUGAAACCUAAACUCUCUUCAUGGAUCUUCCCUAGUUUAUUUUUCUCCUGGGUCAUCAACAUGUUCAUUUAUGUUCAUGUCAUUCAUCUUGUAAUAGCCAAGAAAAAUGCCAGUUUUGCUGGCCAGGGAUAUGUUCAUGCUUUCUGUCAAACCAGGGAGUUUAAGGAUGAGGACUCAUGGCCAUUUUUCAUUGUCAUACUGACUCGAGAUCUCCUCCUUGUGGUACUCAUGAUGGCAACCAGCCUCUACAUGGUGAAUCUCCUUUUCAGACAUCAUAGGAGAACCCAGCAUGUCCACAGCCAGAGCCUCUCUUCCCAGCCAUCUCCUGAAACCAAAGCCACUCACAGCAUCCUUUUGCUGGUAAGUUGCUUUGUGUUCUUUUAUUGGUUGGGUAACUUUAUCACCCUUUAUGGAUUCUAUACACCUGAGAAAAUUCCAAGACUGGAGGCUAUUAAUGCAAUUUUAUCAUCCUGCUACCCAACCAUGUGCCCUUUCAUACUCAUGAGGAAUAAUAAGAUCGUUUUGGCCAGGUUUUCAUUUCCCUUGGGUAUGAAUCCAGUGGUGGAGUUGCAAGGCCCCAUGAUUAACCUUUCCAGGAACCGCUGUCCAUUUUCCAUAUCACCUCCACAGCAGUGA